UGGUUAGAGAUCAAAUCCAGUGAGUAGCAGUUUGAUGUUGUGGUUUGUAGUAUGUAGUUAAAGAAAAGAAAAAAAAUUUUCAUGGAAAAAUCUAUUGACCGAUGGUCCUGACACAGACAGGCCAACCUCCGACUCCACCCUAUGUUCUAUUUAUCCCAGAGCCACUUAUAGGCUGGGUCAGACUGUAAGUAUGCAUAACCUUUUCUGAAUCACCUCCUACUUUUCAGGUGAGAAGUUACACCCCCUAAACCCUUGAAUAUAGCAACAGGUCAUUUGCUCAGUCUUCAUAUGGGACUUUUAGCCUGUCCCUUUUAUCAGAUACCUGAUAGGAUAUUCAUGCUUCUGUCUGCAGCAGGUUUCUAGUUUAUUGUCUAUUAUUUUUUAUGAUUGUUAUGAUUAUUUUUUUUUAAUAUAAAACCAAAAAUCCAUCAAAAAUGUUGAGACACGACAGCAACAUGCGGUGGCGGCUACCACUGAUUUGCUUCGCGUGGGAGAUCGCAAUGAUAGUUCUCUUUGGAGUCUUUGUGCGAUACAACAUUGAAGCUGAUCCUCACUGGCCAAUAUUCAUGAAACGCGAAAACAUCACCAGUGACGUUGAAAAUGACUUUUACUUCAGGUAUCCCAGUUUCCAGGAUGUCCAUGUAAUGAUCUUCGUUGGCUUUGGUUUCCUUAUGACAUUCCUUCAGAGAUAUGGCUUUGGCAGUGUUGCCUUCAAUUUUCUGCUUGCCGCCUUCGGGAUUCAGUGGGCCCUUCUAAUGCAGGGCUGGUUUCACACAUUUGUAGAUGGGAAGAUCCUCAUUGGAGUUGAAAGCUUGAUCAACGCGGACUUCUGCGUGGGAUCAGUCUGCAUCGCUUUUGGAGGUGUUCUAGGCAAAGUUAGUCCAGUUCAGAUUAUGGUCAUGACCUUGUUUCAGGUCACUCUGUUUGCGGUAAACGAGUGGAUUCUUCUAGAUAAACUUCACGUAAUUGAUGCCGGUGGUUCAAUGACUAUUCAUACAUUCGGAGCAUAUUUUGGGCUUACGGUGGCUUGGAUCCUAAACCGACCAAAACUAAAGCUAAAUAAUGACAAAGAGGGGUCAACCUAUAUUACUGAUCUGUUCUCCAUGAUUGGAACCCUUUUUCUAUGGAUGUACUGGCCAAGCUUUAAUUCUGCUAUCUCAUAUCAUGGAGAUGCCCAGCACAGAGCUGCAAUAAACACCUACUGUGCUCUUGCUGCCUGCGUUCUCACAACAGUAGCCAUAUCCAGUGUAGUGAACAAAAAAGGCAAACUAGAAAUGGUUCACAUUCAGAAUGCAACCCUGGCAGGAGGAGUAGCAGUUGGUACGGCUGCAGAGAUGAUGCUUACUCCAUAUGGAUCUUUAAUUGUUGGAUUCAUAUGCGGCAUUGUGUCUACCUUAGGAUUUACAUAUCUUUCGCCUAUAUUGUCCAACAAGCUACGGCUCCAGGAUACGUGUGGAAUACAUAAUCUCCAUGGAAUGCCAGGCUUAAUAGGUGGAAUUGUUGGUGCAGUUACAGCAGCAUGUGCAACAGAAGGAGUUUAUACUGCAGAGGGACUGAAAAAAAUGUUUAAAUUUCAAGGCGAAUUUGCUGACAGAACUCCCAGCAUACAAGGAGGAUAUCAGGCAGCCGGCAUAGCUGUCUCUCUGGCAUUUGGGAUUGUAGGAGGCGCCGUUGUAGGCUGCAUUCUGAAACUGCCGAUUUGGGGAGACCCAUCAGAUGAGAAUUGCUUUGAUGAUGCUGUCUAUUGGGAGCUGCCCCAGGAGGAUGAGGAGGAACACCUGGGAGCUGCCAAUCAAUACGCCACUCAUUUACCAGAAAAUUUUAAACUACCGGAUAGGACUGAAAUUGCCUUUAAAUAACUUGUCUGACAAAAUGUGUAAAUACGCACAAUGCAGCACUUGUUUUCUGUCUCUUUUUUGGUCUGAAUAACACAGGGACAUUUAGUUCUGAAGAAGUAUCUCUUUUAUUAAAAAUAUAUAUAUAUUUUUUUUUUCUGAUCAAGGUACUCUGCUUUAGCAGUGCACACUCUUUUCAGAAUCAGACAAACAUUAUUUUUUCAAUAUCCAUUUAAGAUAAUGUGAUAAGUUCUUCCUUUAAGGACUUUUUAGACGUUUUCACCCAGCAAGGUGUUUCAUAGCAUUGGGUGACGAGGAUCAGGGUCCCACUGCUAGACAGCCUUGCUUUAGAACAAUCUGAGCCUGACCUAUUAAAGGAAAACUAUACCCCCAAAAUGAAUACUUAAGCAACAGAUAGUUUAUAUCAAAUUGAAUGACAUAUUA